CAGAGAAUCCUCCGACAUCAAACGCCUCGCCGAGUUUUACAAAGAGGUGUUUGGGUUCGAGGAGAUCGAAAGUCCUGAUUUUGGAGACCUAAAGGUGAUAUGGCUAAACUUACCAGGUGCUUUUGCAAUGCACAUUAUCCAGAGAAACCCUUCAACAAACCUUCCAGAAGGUCCUUACAGUGCUACCUCAGCGGUUCUUGAUCCUAGCCAUCUCCCAAUGGGCCACCAUAUCUGCUUCUCCGUCCCCAAUUUCGACUCUUUCCUUCAUUCUCUCAAGGAGAAAAGGAUCGAAACUUUUCAGAAGUCUCUUCCUGAUGGAAAAGUCAAGCAAGUAUUCUUCUUUGAUCCAGAUGGAAACGGAUUAGAGGUAGCAAGUCGAUCUUGAGCCUACCUGAAAUAAAGAUGUGGUAUCAAA